CUGCCCUCAUUGUUAUCUGUUGUGUUCACACGCGGUGGUUUUUUUCUUUUGUUAGCCUGCUUUCCUUCCUCGUUUUUAAAGAAUAGCUUAUCUGCAUGCCCCAGAAGGGUGUGCCUCACAAAGAUCACAAGCUUUUCACAGUGAGCUGCCGCCAGCCUGCUGACUACCAGAAAACAUGCUGAGCUCUUCAAAAUCGGUGCCACAUCGCCUUUGAAAAGGUGGGGAUUGCACUGAGAUGCGCACUGGUGCGACUUGCCUGGAUCUGGAGCGUCCAUUUCCACUGCUGACAGGCAAGUGCUCCUAGCUCCUACAGCAUCAACUCAUCUUGGAGAGUUACUCCUUUUGUGUUUCAGAGCUCUUAAUCUCUGGUGCCCUAUGGAGGGCAGGAGCAGUAGGACACGGGUGUUUCUGGACAUGCCAGUCGCAUGUACACGGUGAUCAGAGUUCAAGUUUUGGAGUCAGAAGAUGAGCCUUCAGCCUAUCUGUGCUGUGAUGUAGAUGACCUGGGAAUGGGCACAUAAUGCCUCGUUACUCUUUGCCUGCCUCCUCAUGUACAUUAACUGCAUACCUGCGUAUUUCAUUGGGUUACUGCAAAGCCAGUAGGAGAUUGAAUUCAUUCUGUUGAAGUACAAACCUCAUAUUACUGAGGCCCCAGCAGCAGAGGAGAGGGAAGGCACCCUCUUUUUUCAGGAACCUUUGCGAUGGACGACGGAGCAGACUCUCUGACAGUGCAUCUCCUCGCCAAUUCAGGACAUUCAUUGCUUCUGCAGCAAACUUUGGAUCGGCUUUUAGAAUGGAUCUGCCUGGACAUUCGCCUUUUCUUUGUGUCUGAGAGGGUUACUCCACUGAAAUACUAUGAGAGAUAUUGCAAGAGAAGCUGUGGCUUUCCUGGAAUAUCUGUUCUUCUUUUUCUACAUGAGGGAUUGGGAGAAGAACGGAUUUUCCAGGUCCAUGAGCAAUUCCAGCGUCCACCCUGGCGCUACUGCUGUGCCCAGAUUGCUAAUGGGCAAAGCUACCCCUAUUCCCUCACUCACCAGGACUUCUAUAGCCUGGAUGACCAGAUGCCUGUGUGGGGCACCAGGCGGGUGCGCUGUGGCCCUGAAAUCCUGCGUGUCACCCUCUACUGCAGUUUUGACAACUACGAGGACGCAGUGAGACUCUAUGAGAUGAUCCUACAGAAAGAAGCAACCAUGCUGAAAAGUAACUUCUGUGUCUUUGUGUUGCAUGCAACCCACACUAUUGUUGUGCAGCUCUGCUUGAAGCAGCUGCCCAUCGGGGUGGCUGCUGAGCCGAAGGAGUCAUCAGCCUUGCAGUUCAAGGUGCAAGAAAUAGGGCAGCUGGUGCCUCUGCUGCCUAACCCAUGUAUUCCCAUCAGUAGCACCAGAUGGCAAACGCAAGACUACGAAGGAAAUACAAUUCUGCUUCAGGUUCAGGAGAGCUCCAAGCCCCAUGAAACAAGUGUUGGGCUUUCCCGUCGGCAUGAUAAUGCAGGCAGCGACGAAACCCUGCAAGACUCUGUCACGGCUCAGCUCCCUGUCAAGCGGGGCCACCCUGGGGGACGAAGCCAGGAGGUAAGAACCGCAAAGGGCAAAACAAAACCCGACCAGAGCAAAGCUCUCGCUCCUGAUCCCACCAGCGGUGACCUUCGCACGCGCUUCUGCUCUUCCCUCGGUGGUGCAGCAGCCUGGCCGUGGUGGGAAGCCACGUCCCUGCGCAGGCAGGGGAGCAGCAAGCUGCAGGCCUCUCUGCAGCAGGGCCGUGCGCCCCGGCAGGCAGCCGAGACCAACGUGGACACCGGGCUGGCCGUGAGCACCGCUGCGAGCUGCGGCGCACUGAGCCGCUUCCAUAGGGACCUGCGGAGCAGCCUGCUCCAGCCGCGACCCGGGGCUGGCAGCACCCUGCCCUCUCGAGGCUGCGCUUGGCGGCUCCAGGCUGCAGACGGAUGGGACAAAAACACAGGGCAAAGAGUGUGGAGCUGCCGCUCGCAGACACAACGCACCAGUCCUGACAACAGAGUGGAGGAUGAUGAGGAGGAGUUCUUCAUAUGACUGAAAACAACCGUGCCACGUGGGGCUCAUCGCUUCCAAAUGACAGCGGAGCACGUGUGUGCGUGUGUUGUGCCUGCUUGUGCUGUGACCGUUGAUGCUCAGCUUACCUCUGAAACCGUGACUACAUUUCAGUAGUGGGUUCACUGAAGUAUAUGCUUACUUUCCAUUGAGUGAUGCUGAAAAGGCUGCAGGCAAAGCAGGAACUGUAACACUGUCUUUACAAAAAGGUUUGGCUUUUUAAUGCAGAAUAGAUUGGAGGAUUUUUGUGCAAUGAGUAGGAAUAAGCCAUAUGACUCUAUUCCAAGAUGCUAAAGAUAGCCAGUGACAUCUUCUGAUGGGGUUAGUGCAGUUUGUCUAAGCUGCCCAAGCAACUGGAUGCCCUCAGGGGGGGGCUCAUCAUCCCUGCCUGACAUAUUGGAAACAAGGUAGUUGUGUUGUCACAGUGGUUACAUCAAUUUUCUCUGUGUCCCUUCUCACUUCCUCUGUUCAUGGUAUUUAAAAGAAUGUUGUAAAUUUUAUGCAAAAUGUGAAACGUAAGGAUGUUCUUUUAAAAUAUUUUUGAAGAAAAAGCAGUCCUAGAGAGAGCUUUUCCCCCAGUUAGCACAGUGCACACAAAAAGCAAACCCUUGCAGAGCACAGUUUGAGCUCCAGGAAGACCUGUGGCUACCUAUUCAUGACACUCACCAAAAUAAACUCAGCAACAGGCUGGGCUCUGUUAGACCAGUGUGAGUUAUCAGCAGGCAAUCCUACUUGUGUUUUAAUUAACAGAAGACAACAGAAGCUAAUAGUCUUGGCUGAAUGCUGGAGAGUAAAAAGGGUACAAGAAGUGAAGUAAUGUUUCAGCAACAGAUGACAAAAUAACUCCCAUCUUGAUCAGCACUUCCUUUUCUCAGGUGGAAUUAAGUAAAUCUCAAAGGGAAAGAGAUGGGAAAGGUAUGACAGAGGAAUGAAAUUAUAAAGAGAAAAGCCAAAUCUGCUCAUACUUACCUUCCAAGCAGCACAGCAAAGAGGUGUUUUCUCCUUCAAUGUCUGAAUUCUGCUUUACAUGAAAGUGUGAAUUUAUUGGA